AUGACACGAAAUUGUUCGGAAACCCUAUUGCAGCUGGAACUUCAGGAGGACCUGGAGGCGCUGACCCAUUGGUGCCGAGAGUGGCAACUGCCCCUCAACCAGGAGAAAUGUGCUGUCUUACACCUAGGUUCCCUCAAUCCCCGUCUCCAGUACUAUCUGAACGAUGUACCCAUCAACACCUGUAGCAGUCAUUCUGAUCUCGGUGUGAUUGUUACCGAGAAUCGCAGCUGGUCCGAUCAUAUAAUUUCCAUUUUGAAUAAGGCUAAAAGAUCACUGUUCAUGAUACAGAAGGCCUUCAACGGAUGCGAGCCCUCAACAUAUGCUGUCCUGUUCAAGACCUAUGUCCGCCCCAUCUUGGAGUUUGCUGGCCCUGUAUGGUGUCCGGUACUGAACAGGGAUUUGGCUUUGUUGGAGGGUAUCCAGCGUCGAGCGACGCGUCUGCGUCUGGGAUUUUGCGACCAAGUUAUGAAGAGAGGCUAUCUCUCAUGA